AUGUGGGAAGUUGACUCUGACACAGGGUCCCAAAGUGCGUCGUCGGACGGGAUUCGACGACGGCAAGGAUGGGACCCAGAGGCCGAGAGUUUGGCUUCUCAAAUCGAUGAACUCGACGAAGUUCUUGCAGAAGAAGAAGAGGGAUGUCCAUUACCUUCCACACCGGAGGAUCAACAUUUACUUGAUGCUGAAAUGGCUGAAGUACUAAAAGCUGGCGUGCUCUCCGACGAAAUAGAUCUGGGCGCUUUAGCACACAAUGCUGCAGAACAAGCUGAGGAAUUUGUGCGAAAAGUCUGGGAAGCAUCCUGGAACGUUUGUCACUUCAGACAUCUGCCGCGUUGGCUUCAAGACAACGAUUAUUUACAUAAGGGCCACAGACCUCCUCUUCCAUCGUUCAGCGCUUGCUUUGCUUCUAUCUUUCGCAUCCAUACAGAAACUGGUAACAUAUGGACCCAUUUGCUUGGAUGCGUCGCAUUUAUCGGCGUCGCUAUUUAUUUCUUAACUCGCCCAUCUAUUGAAAUACAAAUGCAAGAAAAAAUGAUAUUCGGAGUGUUUUUCAUUGGCGCUAUAGUAUGUCUCGGAUUUUCAUUUGCCUAUCAUACAUUGUACUGUCACUCUGAAAUGGUGGGUAAACUAUUUUCAAAGCUGGAUUACUGCGGCAUAGCUCUACUUAUUAUGGGGUCAUUUGUUCCUUGGCUGUAUUACAGUUUUUACUGCCACUAUAGACCAAAAAUAAUUUACUUAUCUGUAGUGGUUGUGUUAGGAAUAUUAUCAAUAAUAGUGUCACUUUGGGAUAGAUUCUCAGAGUCUCACCUCCGUCCACUGCGAGCCGGGGUGUUCAUGGGAUUCGGUUUGUCUGGAGUAGUGCCCGCUAUACAUUAUGGUAUUACAGAAGGUUGGUUCAGUCAAGUCAGUAUGACAUCUCUCUUUUGGCUGGUACUGAUGGGUCUGCUAUACAUAUUGGGGGCUAUGUUUUAUGCUUUGCGAGUGCCAGAACGCUGGUUCCCUGGAAAGUGUGAUAUUUGGUUUCAGUCCCACCAAAUAUUCCAUGUUCUUGUUAUUGUGGCAGCGUUUGUCCACUAUCAUGGUAUUAGUGAACUAGCAUCAUACCGAGUGACUGUUGGGGAAUGCUCUAUGCCUCCCUCAUCCAUUGCAUUC